AUGGAAGGAACAGUAGCGACGCCGGUUGGCAGUCCGGAUGUGGUGAUCAGCCGCCCUGGGGUUAGCAGCAGCUCUCAGACCACGUAUAGUGGUAGUGACCAUUUAUUGGAAUUGUCAAAUAUGGUCCAGCGUAAUGCUUUUAUCUAUGAGGAUACACUUUCGAGUAAAGACCCAGUGGUCAGGGAUCGUCUUCGCCAAACUAUGCAUCGAGAAGCUUGCCGCCUAAAGAGCUUUGAAAAUUUCCCAGGUGCUGCGUGUACAAAAUUGCUGGCUGCUAAUGGAUUUUUCUAUACUCAAACUACCGAUAACGUUCAAUGUUAUUUCUGUGAGGUAAUUGUUGGCUCUUGGGAAGAAAAUGACGAUGUCACGGAACAUCAUUUCAAGUAUUCGCCAACGUGUCCCUUGCUCAACAACAAAGAUCACGGCAAAAAUGUUCCAUUGUCCGCUGUAAUUACUGCAGUUAUUCAGGAUACCGUCAGCAACUAUAUUAAUGAACAACGCAAAAAUAAUAUUCCCAUCACAAGUAGCCUUGAUCCAAAAAUUGAAUAUCGGAUGCACGCCUAUCUAGAGGAUUCCAUCAACAUCAAGCUACCACCCCAAGUCAAUCCAAUUGUUCGAGAUCCGGCAGCACACGGGCCUUUUGUAAGUGAUGAAAACAGACGUAAACAACAAGAGCUCGAAGACCAAAUUACAUGCAAAAUAUGCGCCGUAAGUCCGUCGACGCAAGCAUUUUUGCCAUGUGGUCAUUUGUGUUGCUGUUAUACAUGUGCGAAAAGCUAUCUAGAAUCUAACUUUAGAUGUCCAGUGUGCCGUACGCCAAUCUCCCAAAGCGUCAAAAUCUUCUUUUAA